AUGACACUAAUGCAACCUGUUAUGCCCCAUGUUUCUACGCCAACUCCGUUAACAUGGCAACAAGAACUUCUGACCCAGACAUGGAAGCCGAAUCGCAAGAGCGAGAAGCCCAAGUCGGCUACCGGCAGCAACCCUGCGAGAGGCAAAAGAAAAGACAAACUCCCCUCAGCUUCAAGCAAUGUAGCAGCACCGUCGUCCGCAAUGACAGCAUCAGGCACAACGCCUCCAACGCCAUCAUCCAGCGGCCUGACGUGGCAGCAAGAGCUGUUCCAACAGUCCAAUCGUCGGGGCCCGACAUAUGAUCGCGCAGAGACUGCUAAAGAUAUGGAAACAUUUGGUACGCAGGGGAGCCAGCUUUCGAAGCCUACGAAUACCAAAGUUUCGGCAGAUCGGAACAAGAGUAAGAAUGCGCCCAAAGGCAAGAACAAGAAUUUAACGAAGGUGCGAGAUUCUCAGACACCGAUGACGCCUUCGAAGAUUCCAAUUUCUACAAAAGUAUCAUCUUCAUCGUCUCCUUUGCCUGAACCGCUCGCAUACGCUGGUCCAGAGUUCCAUAAUUCUCCCUCGGCUGCAAGCCUUCCAACACCUCGCUUCACACAGAGUCGGGGCGUCGCAUCUGCAACUCAGUUGACUCCACAAACACCACCUCAGAGAUCCGAGUCCAGGCGUGAAACGGUCGAUCAUCUGCUCUCACAGAUCCUUGCAUCGACUUCCUUACCCUCUACUCAAAAGUAG